AUGUCUGAAAGUGCUCCUCUCUACGGAAAGCCUCGCAAGGUUCAAAUUAUCCCCUCAGUCCUUCCAGCUGACUUUGGGAAAUUGGGUGCCGACUGCAAAAAGAUGGAAGAUGCUGGCUGUGACAGAAUCCAGUUUGAUGUGAUGGAUGGCAACUUUGUUCCAAAUCUGACAUUCGGUCCUGAUACCAUUCGCUGGUGUCGUCAAUACACCAAACUCCCUUUUGAAACACAACUCAUGGUCAGUGAACGUUGUACUGACGCCAUGCUGGAUACCUUCACCGAAGUUUCCAAAGGUCCAAAUGGAGAGCCAGGUGUUGUUAUCGUCCAUGUGGAAGCAUGCACCCAUUUGCACCGCAACCUUACCAAGAUUCGUGCCGCUGGUGGAUCCCCAUCAGUCGCCCUGAACCCUCACACACCUGCGGAAAUGAUUGAGAAUGUCUUGGAUUUGGUCGAUCAUGUCUUGGUCAUGACUGUAAACCCUGGAUUCGGGGGGCAAAAAUAUAUUCCCACCAUGACUGACAAGGUCCGAAAGAUUCGAAAGUGGAUUGUUGACCGAAACUUGGAUGUUGAUAUUGAAGUGGAUGGGGGAAUUAAGGCUACCAAGGAAACUAUUGGAGAAUGUGCAAGAGCUGGAGCCAACUGUUUUAUUGCUGGAUCUGGUCUUUUUGCUUUUGACGACAUGUCAGAAGGUGUCAAGAAGCUGACGGCGAUGGCAUUGGAAGGGCAAGGUGUUGCACCAUAA